AUGUUUCAAUUGACAGACCUUCCCGAUACCCUCUUCCUCGACAUACUCACCCACUUGGCUCCCCGCGAGAUAGUCCUCAACCGCCGCGUCUCCCGUGCGUCUCAUGCGGCUCUCACAAGACCAGACCUGUCCCAGGCGCUCCUCCACGUCUUCUUCCCCAGAUCCUUAGAAUGCCGCACUCUGAGAUCCCAAAUCUCGUCAGCAACCGAAAGCCAACCAGCCUUGGUGCCAGAUGCGGAGCUGGCAACAGAACCAUAUCCAGACUGGCCGUCCAUCUUUGCCUCCGUGGCCCGCCGCUACCACAGCCUCACAUCCGGCACGUACCACGCUCUCUCAACGAUUCCGGUUCUCAAAGAUGCGAAAUGCUUUUACCCCUUCAAUCCCUGGAAUCGCACCCUCCGCCGCGAUGAAAUGACGUUUCCCCUCCAGCUCCCAGACCGGAGGUGGACAUGCUCCGAUGGCAUCAUCAUCUACCCCGCCCCCUCUUCUCCCCCCGUCUUCAAAGCCCUAGACCUCUCAUCAAAUAGCGAAACCACUGUCCCCUUUGACUGGUCCUCCAAAAUCGUCCGUCGCGUCCGUCUCUCGCAUCACAUCUUGGUCAUAGAGUGGGCAGAAGAGGACGGCUCCCACCCCUUGAACGACUCGGAAACAGCCCACCGCCACUUCGCGUCCGCCUUCACCGUGACCACCACCUCCUCGCCCCUCCACCCCUCCGCGCCAUCCCCUCCCACCGUCGAGUUCCGUUCGGAGUGGAAGAUCCACUACCUCGGCCUCCCCCUUUCCCCCUCCGACCGCCUCUUCUCGACGCACAACGCAACGCACUACGCCCUUUACGCCCACCAGCCAACCCGCUCCCCCUGGGGCGAGGACAACCCCCUCGAGCGCCUCGUCGUGUGGUCCCUCAACGGCCCCUCCGCGUACAGGCCCUCCCUCGACCCGUCCUCCACACACAAACCCGCCACCGACGCCGGCCCGGAAAUCGUCUUGCGCCUGGCGAACAGCGACCUGGACCGCUGGGGCAUCCGGCAGCGAGACACACCGCGCCUGAUGCGCCUCGUCCUCGACACGACCCGCGAGGCCCGCGGCGGCAACGUCGUGCUGCAGGAGGAGGACCACCAGUGGGCCGCGGGGCCGCAAUCCUCCGAGGCCCCGCCGGCGCGCCACUUUCUCCGGAGCACCGGCGUCCCGCUCACGGCUCUCGGCCCGGCGCGGGUCGACGAGUGCGGCGCCGAGGGCGACGCGGAAAGGUCCUUCUGCCCCGCCUCCUCCUCCAGCAACAGCCCUGGACGAGCCACCGGCGCCCCCUGCUGGCGCCACGAGGAGUUCCCAUACCUCACGGUCGCCGAGGUCGUCGACGAGGCGGCGGGGGUGCGGGUCUGCGGCAGGCGGUGCUUUGCAAUGGAGACGGUCAGCGCGAGUGUGGAUGGGUCCUUCUCUGCUGGUGGUGGUGGGACCACGACGGCCGAGGCAGUGGAGGACGGUGGAGACGCAGGCCGGGCAGAGGUGCAGUUCCCGGAUGACAUGUGGAGGGCCGUCAUGUCGGGGGCGACGCUGGCGGGCGAUGAGAGGUGGGUUGUCGGCGAGGACGGUGCGGGGGACGUGAGCGUGGUACGAUUCUGA